ACGUAGGAGGGUGAGUGAAGAAGAAGAAGAAGAGAUGAGCGUGGAAGAUCUUCCGAGGAAAGAGGUAAACGUGCUGAAGGGUCACGAGGGUGCCGUGUUGGCCGCGAGGUUCAACGCCGACGGCAAUUAUUGUCUGAGUUGCGGCAAAGACCGUACCAUACGCCUCUGGAAUCCCCACCGUGGCAUCCAUAUCAAGACCUACAAAUCUCACGCUCGCGAAGUCCGCGAUGUCCACGUCACACCGGACAAUUCCAAGUUAUGUUCCUGUGGUGGAGAUCGACAGGUGUUUUAUUGGGAUGUUGCAACUGGACGUGUAAUUAGGAAAUUUCGUGGCCAUGAUGGUGAGGUAAAUGGUGUCAAAUUCAAUGAGUAUUCAUCUGUUGUAGUAUCAGCUGGCUAUGAUCAAUCAUUGCGUGCUUGGGACUGCAGAUCCCACAGCACUGAGCCAAUUCAGAUUGUUGACACAUUUGCAGAUAGUGUGAUGUCUGUUUCUUUAACGAAAACUGAAAUUAUUGGAGGAAGUGUUGAUGGAACUGUCAGAACAUUUGACAUUCGUAUUGGCAGAGAAAUAUCUGAUAACUUAGGGCAACCUGUCAACUGUGUAUCGAUGUCAAAUGAUGGUAACUGCAUUCUAGCCGGUUGCUUAGACUCUUCUUUGCGCCUCUUGGAUAGAUCCACAGGUGAACUGUUACAAGAAUAUAAAGGACACACUAAUAAGUCUUACAAAUUGGAUUGCUGCCUAACCAAUACGGAUGCUCAUGUGACUGGUGGCUCUGAGGAUGGCUUCAUUUAUUUUUGGGAUCUUGUAGAUGCAUCUGUUGUGUCAAGAUUCAGGGCUCAUACCUCGGUGGUAACAAGUGUUAGUUAUCACCCAAAGGAAAACUGCAUGGUAACUUCUUCUGUGGAUGGCACCGUUCGAGUAUGGAGAACAUAAGAACAAAAUACAAGCACGAAGCUUAUAUGGUGUGUCCAUGCGGCCCAUACCAAUACCAAUUAGUGUAAUAAUGAUUACAUGUCCAAUUGCAAUUGGAGUUCCCAGACACGAUGUUGAUCUAUAUGGGCUUUUGAUUCGGAAGAUAGUAAAAGCAAGGUGACUCUUGUUGGUUGCUGCGCAUCUCUGACAUACGGUCAAAUCACAGUUUUUGACAUUUUUCUCCAAAAAGGGUUAGGGUACUGUAUAAUUCACUUGUGUCCAUUUAAUGAAAUAUGUUGUAUUUUAUCCGCCAUAUACGAAUUUCGCGGUUCAUCUCAUCCUGGUUUUACUAGUAGAUUUGGUUUUCCAAUGAUCCUCAAACGGUGAAAGCGGACAGCGAAGACUUGCAGGCUUGCAGCCAGUUAUUUUAAUUUGUGGGGUAAUCAAUCGUUUGAAGUAGGGAAAAAGACUCUCUUGUUCGGAUUAUAGAUGUAGGACGUUUUGGAUUGCUUAUUUCAUUAAUCCUUGAUUUAAUUAAUACCUUUUACACUUAA